AUGCUGGCACCGGCAGCGAUGGAAGUGCCGAUUGAUGGCACGGUGAGCACCACGCUCGCGUCUGUGAACGCGGUGCACAAUCCACGGGCACGCAAGUUGCGGUCAGCUGUUUGGCAGGACUUCACCAAGGAGCGCCGUGCCGACGGCAAUUGUGUUGCUAUCUGUAACCAUUGCAAGAAGCAGCUCACAGCAACCAGCCGGUCAGGCACCACACACCUGCGCAACCACCUCGCGAUAUGCACCACCACCUCUACACGCCGUGCUGGUAAGCGUCGGAAGCUGAUUGUACGCCGUAUUCUCCACAACAAAACAUCCACUGGGCAGCCUGGCGAUGGACAUGCCUCUGGUGAGGACAAUGACAAUGAUAGCACACACUUUGAUCAAGAACUCAGCCGGCAAGACCUUGCCCGUAUGAUUGUCCAGCAUGGCUACCGGUUCUCCAUAGUGGAUGAUCUGGGGUUUCGAAAGUUCGUCAAGAAUCUCCAGCCACAGUUUAGCAUGGUCUCAUAUGACAUAGUGAGAGCUGAUAGCAUGGCAAUUUAUGAAAGUGAGAGGCUGAAGCUGCAGGAUGUGCUCCUCAAAAUCCCUUGUCGGGUUAGCAUGUCAGUUGAUAUGUGGCGAUCGAGUACACAGAUGGACUACUUGUGUUUGACCUGCCACUACAUUGAUCAUUCCGGCGAUGAAUGGAAACUUAGGAAAAAAAUUCUUAACUUUGUGCAUGUCGAGGAACAUUUUACAGCCAAUCAGAUUGCCAAUCUCAUUCUGGAGAAGUUGCAACAGUGGGGUAUUGAAAGGAAGGUAGCUUCUGUUGUGCUAGACAAUUGCACCAAUGGUGACAUUGUUGCCGCAGAACUUCUCAGAGUUAUGCAGCCUAGGAGACUUCUCCUAUUAAACGGAAAUUUGUUCCAUGUGCGCUCUUGUGCACAUAUUCUGAAUCUCACAGUUGAAGAAAGCUUGGAACAGACAUCUGACAUAAUUAAUAGAGUCCGUGAGAUGAUUCAGAAUGUCAAGUUCUCACAAGAAAGGCUUCAAAAGUUUCUAGAUACCGCAAAGCUGCUGCAGAUUGACCAAAAACUGUUAGUUCUUGAUUCUCCGAACAACUGGCCUUCCACUUACUUAAUGUUUGAUUCUGCAUGCUAUUAUCACGAUGUGCUUGUGCGCCUUGCAGAACAGGAAGCUAAUUACGCUGCUUUCUUGACCGCUAAGGAGUGGGCUGAUGUGAAAGCCCUCACUGAAAUACUUGACGCGCUCAAUAAUACAAUGGAGAAGUUUCCAGUGGAAAUCCCAACCGCUAACCUAUAUUUCAAUGACAUGUGUGAGAUCCAGGUUCUUUUGAACACCUGGCGCAAUAGUCCAUCUCCUGUUGUUGCACAAGUGGCUGGCCGAAUGCUGAAAAAAUUUGAGGGAUACUGGGAUCUUACUAGGCCAGUAAUGGCAUUUGCAUCCAUACUGGAUCCUCGGUACAAGAUGAAGUCAAUUGAGUAUUUUUUUCAGCUGAUUUAUGGAAAUGACCAAUUUACAGCAAAGGCAACAAUAGAAGCCAUCAAGCAAAGCUUUACCAGCCUGUGCAAUGAGUAUGAGCAUUCAGCAGAUUCAUUGAAGAAUCCAGCUGUUCUCUUCUACGCUGGAAACAGUAGUUCUUGCAUGAGCUCUGUGUACAACACUGGAAAUGACUCUAAGACCUUCUCUCGCAUCACAUUAUCAGAUGCCCGACGGGGACUUGAUCAGUAUAUUCAGGAGUCAUCGUCAGGCCAGUCCUUCAAGUCUGACUUGGACUUGUAUCUUGAGGAAGCUGUCUAUCGUCAAAAAGAAGGGAAUCAAGAUAAUUUUGACAUCCUUGGAUGGUGGAAGUCUUUUGCGGCAAAGUAUCCUGUCCUUUCUCAAAUGGCCCGUGAUAUUCUUGCUAUCCCUGUAUCUAUCAUCCCACUGGACAGUGAAGCCCGGGUGCUGAAUGAGUAUCUCAGUACUAUGGACCCUUCAACGGUUGAGGGAUUGGUCUGCGCGCAAGAUUGGUUACGUGCAGACACAGAAGUUGCUAAUUCAGAUGGCCAUGCAGAUGAUAAAGUGCCACGUGGCGACGAACUUAUUGUGGCACCGAAUUAG